AUGGCUCCAGAGCUCCUCAGAAAAUCGGGAUACAGGGGCUCCAUUGAUUGGUGGAGCCUUGGCAUAGUGAUGUAUGAGCUGAUGUUUGGAAGGCGACCGUUUAAAGGCAAUACCAAAGUAGAGCUGAUGAAGGCGAUCAUGAAGGGGCAGUUCCCCAUUGUGAAGGGGAAAUAUUCCCAAGAAUCCAUUGAUUUCUUAAAAUCCCUGCUUAAAAUGAAUCCAAAAAGACGAAUCGGGUUUGAGGACGGAAUCCAUUACCAGGUGUCUAGCGCGCUUCCCGAUCAAAAAUGCACCUGCCUGGAUAGUGAAAAUGAUGAGAAUCUUUCCGGUGGCUUUAAACAGGCCAAAGAAUCGUCAUUUAAGUCGAUUAUGAGGCAUAGGUUCUUUAAAAAGAUCGACUGGAACAAACUGAACGAAAAGCAGGUCCCUAGUCCAUAUCGACCCAAUCCAUUGACGUUUCAUUUUGACUUGAUGCAUGAAGUAAAUGCAGUUUUGAACGAAAAAAGCCCGUUAAAGCCCAGCAAAUUGAAAAAUUCCGAAGUCGACCUAAGCAGAGUAGAGAGCUUGCAGAAGGUCGAGAAAGAAUUCAAGUAUUACAAUUGGGAGCAGGCAUAA